GCCGCGCCAUGAACUGCAGCGACGCGGGGCCGGGGCGGCUGCGGGCGCUGCUCGGGGCGCUGCUGCGGGACCUCCGCGCCGGCGGCAACGGCAGCGCGGCCGGGGCCGGCCCCGGGGCGGGGGGCGACGGUUCGCUCUACAUCCUGCUCAUCAUGAUCUUCUACGGGUGCCUGGCCGGGGGGCUCAUCCUGGCCUACACCCGCUCUCGCAAGCUGGAGUCCAAGCACGACCCCUACCACCUCUACAUCGAGCGGGACUGGGGCCGCGGCGCCCCGGGGCAGGCGGCCGAGGAGGGCGGCCCCGCCGACGGACAGCGGCUGCUGUGAGGCUGCGGGCCCGGCCCGGCCCGGAGGACGGACCGACGGAGGAGGGAGAGGCCGGGGGGGGCCCCCCGGAGCGCCGCGGACAACGGGGGGC